AUGACGUCAACUGUACAGUCUCUGCGUUUCCCACUGCUUCCACAUGAACCAGACCAAGACCAGACACAUAGUUGUGAUCAGGAGAUUGAGAGGCACUAUCAGGUAGUGCCCUCAGUUGUAUGUGCCAUGUGCUGCCUCUUUGGGAUCAUCUAUUGCUUCUUUGGAUACCGAUGCUUCAAAGCAGUGAUGUUCCUGACUGGGCUGAUGUUUGGUUCAGUAAUCAUCUUCAUGUUGUGCUACAAAGAGCGGGUGCUGGACACUCAACUAAGCGUGGAGGCCUCUGUGGGCAUUGGCCUGGGCAUUGGUGUGCUCUGUGGGCUAGUCACCAUGUUGGUACGCAGUGUCGGGCUCUUCAUGGUUGGGCUGCUACUAGGGCUACUACUAGCUGUGGCUACACUGGUAGUGAUGGAGCAGUUCUACCACCCUCCUACUGUCUGGAUUCCCAUUGGCCUAUUGCUGGGGGUGGGCAUGCUGUGUGCUGUCCUGACCCUACAAUGGCAGCGCCUUUUCACCACACUGUCGACUGCUGUCUUCGGUAGUGCUGUCAUGACUGCCACUGCUGACUAUUUUGUUGAGCUCUUUUUGCUGCUGCAGUAUGUUUAUGAGCGUGUCAAGGUGGCACCUGCCCGACCCAUCUGCUGGUACAGCUGGGUCAUCCUGGGUACUUGGCCUGUCCUGGCAUUUUUGGGUGUCUUGGUGCAAUGGAAAGUCACAGCUGAAGGGUACUCACACACUGAAGUGAUUAUCAGUCGGCAGCAGCGUCGUGUGCAGUUGAUGCGGAUCAAGCAGCGGGAAGAGCGGAAAGAAAAGAAGAAAAAGCGGCCACAUCCUCACCCCCACCUGCAACAUAAGGCCCACCCGCCAGAGCCGGCCUACCGCCGCAAGCCUAAUCCUGUGCGUCGAUUUGAUGGGGAUGUGCUCUCCCCAAGCUACAUACAGAGCUUCCGAGAACGGCAGACAGGUUCCUCUCUCAACAGCCUCCUGGCCAACGCUCACGCUGCCAUUGACAUAGACUACGACUGUGGCUCCACUGUGCCCCUGACCACCGGCUCAGGCCCUGCCAUGCGAGUAUAGGCCAGCACUUUCCCCAGAA